AUGGACCUGCACACUAAUGCGCAGCCAACACAGCACACGAGCAUGUCGCCUAAUGGCCGCAAUGGUGAAAGUUUCACCCAAGGAAGUCACGCCUAUCCACCACAGGCGCACGACAGAAUCGUGGCCCAUGAAGAGAGAAAUGGCUAUCUUCGAGACGCACCAUAUCCAGGCCAGCCCUCUCAGAGCAAUAUCAUUCAAAAUGGCCAUCCGAACGGUCAUCCUUCAGCUCCUAGUAAGCCGACAUCAUGA